CAUGAAAUUCAACUCGCAGUUUAAAUCCCCAAUCCCUGAUUUUUCGUUCUUCAUAAAUCCCUCUUUCCUUCCACUCAAUAAUCGCAUCGCAUGUUGGUCUCAUUUCUUUCCUAAAUACAGGCGACACCAUUUAGGAAUAGCCACCACCCUCGGCCGCCGGAGACCACUUUGACCUCAUCAACUCCGCCAUACCGCCGGUCAUCACAAGGAUCGUUGACUUCUCCUGAGACGGCAACUUCAAGAAGAGGCGCGGUUUUCAUUUUUUCUUCUCUCCGGUGCAUCAAAGGGGUGGCGGGCAUCAAUCCUUUACCUUUCUUACGGUUUAGUGAUUUAGUGAGAUAUGAUUAGGAAGCACCAAACAUUUGAAGAGAUCAGGGACGACGAUGAAGACACGAAAUAAUUCAUUCUCUAUACCUAUUGCCUAAUGCAUCACUCCUCAUCAGCCAUUAUCGCUUCGUAAACUUCUGCAAAAACUGCAUCUUGUCUCUUAUCUCUCGAUUAUCUGUGUGUUAAUCUUGAUCUUCUGCAAAAUUCAAUCAGAUCAACUCUUACAAUGAAAAAUGUUGGUGAUGAUGAGGCUGAUGUGGAGAAUGGAAAAUUUGAUAAAGAAAAAGAAAGAAGCCAAAAGAGUAGUAGAAUAAAAGUCAACAAUCAAGCCUUAUUAUCUGGAUUUGCAUAUUGUCUUUCAUCAUGUAGCAUGAUACUUGUUAACAAAUACGUCCUCUCCAGCUAUGAUUUCAAUGCUGGAAUAUCCUUAAUGCUCUACCAGAACUUUGUAUCUGUACUUAUAGUCUCUAGUUUGAGCAUACUUGGUGUAAUAUCAACAGAACCACUUACAUGGAGAUUGAUAAAAAUCUGGUUGCCUGUGAAUUUUAUAUUCGUUGGGAUGUUAGUCACAAGCAUGUUUAGUUUAAGGUACAUUAAUGUUGCCAUGGUUACUGUGUUGAAGAAUUUCACCAAUGUGAUAACUGCAGUUGGUGAAAUGUAUUUGUUUAAUAAGCACCAUGACAAUAGAGUCUGGGCUGCACUUUUCUUGAUGAUAAUAUCAGCAAUAUCUGGAGGGAUAACGGAUCUGGCUUUUAAUGCUGUUGGGUACACAUGGCAGAUUAUUAAUUGUUUUCUGACAGCAUCAUAUUCUUUAACACUUCGGAGAGUGAUGGAUACAGCUAAGCAAGUGACAAAAUCUGGACAGUUGAAUGAGUUUUCAAUGGUGUUACUCAACAACACACUGUCGUUGCCUUUAGGGCUUGUGCUUAUUUUUGUAUUCAAUGAGGUGGAUUAUCUUUAUACCACACCCCUUUUGAGGAUGCCGACAUUUUGGGUGGUGAUGACGUUUAGUGGAUUUCUUGGGUUAGCUAUUAGCUUCACUUCCAUGUGGUUUCUUCACCAAACGGGGGCCACUACAUACAGUCUCGUAGGGUCACUAAAUAAGAUUCCGCUCUCGGUUGCUGGCAUAGUUUUAUUUCAUGUCCCUACUAGCGUUGAGAAUUCUGCCAGCAUUUUAUUCGGUUUGGUUGCAGGAGUGUUGUUUGCGAGAGCAAAGAUUAAGGAUAGAACUCAAUCUUGAAAAACAAAGGGUUUAAAGUAUACAUUGGUUUGGAGAAAUGGAAACAAAUAGGGCUAUUUAAUUGUUUUAAGUGUGUGUCAUUAUUGUUUUUAUUUAAGGGGGGAUAUGUUGUUGUAGGCAUUUUUGUACUCUAAAACAAUACUCAAUACUGAUGAUGUUUGUGAAAAAACAAAAAGUUGCGACA